AUAGAGGCAGUCUUCGUCGUGCUGCCAUACGGUAUGGCUGCGGUUCGUCGCAAGUUUUCUCCUUAUCCCGCUAUAAAUUAAAGCGAAUCAUUGAUAGUGAUGUUUCACUCGUUCGCCGGUUCGACAAAAGCUGCCCGCGCUUUCGUAUGCUGAUAAAUUAUGCUCUCCCAGAUGAAAACCAUCACCGUCGGAAAAUUGGAAGGGAAGCGACCGAAGGAACUGAUGUCGUCCUCCAGUCUCUCCGGGAUGUCGCAACUGUCGAACAGCAGCGAGGAGACACUGGAGCCCCUUGUACAUAAGCCGCACAAAUCAGAAACAUCGGAGAGCACAACGAAGGACAAAAUUCCGCCACACAACGAAUGGCUGUUGAACGGACCAACCGGAAACAAAACAUCAAUUUUACGCUUCAAAUGCUCCGCCUUAGCCACUCCCCCGGAAGAUCCACCUGCGAAGCAAUUGCACAUGACGUACAAGAUUUUCCAGACGGACACGAAGCUGAUUAAUCUUCUGUUGCAAGCUCACGGCUUAAUCGAGGUGCCUAUGAACGAGACAGAGUUCAACAUCCUCUGGAUGGGCAACCACCCGAAACCAGACAUUCUUCGGAAUCUGAUGCCCCACCAGAAAGUCAAUCAUUUCCCCAGAUCGUACGAGAUCACGCGAAAGGAUCGUUUGUACAAGAACAUCGAGGCGAUGCAGCGCAGCAAAGGGCUCCGAAAUUUGGACUUCAUACCGCAAACGUUUCUGCUGCCCAGCGAGUCCAGGGAACUGCUGACAGCGCAUUUCAGGUAUCGCGGCCCCUGGAUUGUCAAACCCAAAGCCAGUUCCCGCGGACGUGGCAUUUAUAUCGUUAACAGUCCCGAGAAGAUCCUGAUGGACGAGUCGGUGAUCGUCGCACAAUACAUAAACAAUCCUCUCCUCGUCGACGGGCACAAAUGCGACCUACGACUUUACGUCGCCGUGACGAAUUACGACCCGCUGUUGAUAUACCUAUACGAGGAGGGCCUGGUUAGGUUCGCCACGGUGAAGUAUGACGGCGGCAAUCAGUACGUCUGGAACCCCUGCAUGCAUCUGUGCAACUACAGCAUCAACAAAUUCCACGUGGAUUACGUGAAAAGCGAGGAUCCGGACGCGGAGGAUGUAGGUCACAAGUGGACACUGUCGGCGUUGCUGAGACACCUGCGCUCUAUAGGACAGGACACGGAGUUGCUGAUGCAGCGCGUCGAAGACAUUAUAAUUAAAUCGAUCCUGGCGACCGCCUCGGGCAUCGUCAGCGGUAUCAAGCAGUUCGUCAAGCAUCCGGAGACUUGCUUCGAACUAUUCGGCUUUGAUAUCUUAAUCGACGACACGCUGAAACCGUGGUUACUGGAAGUGAAUCUAACACCGUCGUUGGGAUGCGACUCGCCGCUCGACGUCAGACUGAAGUCCGCGUUGAUAGCGGAUCUGCUUACCCUGGUCGGUGUCUCGGCAGUGGACCCAGUGCUGCGGCCGCAAACCACGCACCUGAAUCGAUCCACGGUCGUCUCGACCAAGAGAACAGCUAGCUGCAGAAGAGUCCAUUCGGCGGAGACGUUGUCGCAAAGAAAGAAGAACGUCAGCAAAAGUAACAUCAAUAAGUCGGGACUGACCAGCGAGCAGCAACGUAUAGUGGCGUCCGCGAAAGCGCAGUUCGAAAGAAGAGGAGGAUUUGUCCGCAUAUUUCCUAGUCCAAAGUCGUGGGAGAUGUAUUCGCAGUAUUUAGAUCCAACAACGGGGAUACCGGUCGUGUCGGAUCCUCUAGGACCGGGCAGAGCCCAGCACGUGAACACCAAUCACAAUCUAAUGCUGCACGAACAAUUAUUUCCUGCCGCUAGUCGCACCACCGGCUUCAUCAUUCCUGAAGUUACGCUGGACAGGCUAUCCAGAUACGAAAGGUACGAGAGAGCGUUAGUGAAAGGGCAUAAGCAGAGCUUAGACCGCGGUGACAGUAAAGAGAAUAUGGACAUCGACAAGCAUAAAUACAAAAGUCAAGUGGUACAGGCCAUGCACGAUGGAAAUAAACUUAGUCCUGGGGAAGCAAGAAAAGCCUUCGGUUUAUAUUUAGGUCAUGUGCUGCGCAAGAUAUCUCAACCCAACGCGGAUCCAGCGUGCUGCGACCUUGUAAUGAAAUUUCUUCAGCAGUGUGCCAGUAAUCUAAGGACGCCCUUCUUCUUCACGUUGCCAAGCAGUAAGCUCGGCGACAAGGACCGUGCUGCCAUUACCGCCAAACAGCUCUCCGACUUUCUGCAUCUGUACAAUCGGGAAACAGAUCUCUAUGCAGACACCGUGGAUCGACCUCGCACCGUUCCGAACAGACUGUUCCAGAAAUUUCUCGCCGCAGCCAACGAGGAGGACUUGGACGACGUAUUGACCCUACAAACCAGGUUGUACAAAUGUGCCCACAGCUUUCUGGGAAGAAGCGGAUUCGCCGGUAGCCUACCAGGUCCUAACCUAUUAGGCUCGCUGCCGCACAUCACGUCACGCGUGUAUUCGAACGCCGCGAACAGCGAGCAAUGUAAAUGUAAUCAGUCCAUCACAAGGCCUAUGAAAGCACCGCGCACAUAGCCGCGCGAUCUGUGAAUACCCCCGUUUAUAGUCGCCAUGUUUACUCUUUAAGAUAAAUAUAUAUAUUAUAUAUAUUAUAUAAUAUAUAUAUAUAUACAUAUAUAUAUCUAAGUACGGCUGCCUAGGACUUCCCAGUACCAGUGGACAAUCAUCCACGCGUAAUCGUAACGUUUCCCAUUCGAAUAUUGCACAGAAGUAAUAGAAAAAGGAAGAAGAAAAAAAACCAAGAAAUACCGUCACAGAACUAAUAUUUUGGGUACGCUUUGAAGGCGCUUUAACUUCUCGCUUUGUAUUUAUUAAGCUGAACGGAGUUCAUCGACGCGAUACUUCCAACGAAAUACGACCUCGUCGAAACUUUCCUCGGCGUAGCUCACAGCCACGAUUUUAUCCUCGAGGGGCUAGUCAUCGGCAUCAAUGACUCCUCGAGGAGCUAGAUAAAAAGUACAGUUAAUGUCUCUCUAAUCGACGCUCAGAUUGUCCACAAAAAUGGAGAAUGAAUUAUUGAAGAGGAGAUA